CGUCUCCUCCUCGUCCCCCACCCCCAAAGUCAAACUCCCCUCUCAAUCCCAAGUACAUCUCUCAAUCGCCAUAUUGGGUACUGAGAAGCUUUGCCUGCAGUUUCUCUCAGCACGGCAGGACAUUGACAGCAGCAGCAGCUCCGACUUCUGUGCACUUGUGUUUUGGAUGAUCAACGAGGACAUCGCUCGGCUCUUCGACAGCGUUGUCCUUACCGUCUGCAGCGCAGCUCCUGCAGAACACAGCUCUGUUCAUCUAAAUCUUCGCUCGGCCAAAGGGAGAUAUAGUUGCCGUUGUUUUUUUUUUCAGCCUUUUGGGGGUUUUUUCCUUCGUAAAAACUGGACGCUCCCGGCUUUUUUGCGAAACCGGGUUCUUCUUUCGUCUGGGCGAGAAAAUGUCAGAUGUUCGACUUUCAAACGGUAGUCCGACGCUGGAGCGGACGGACGCCCGCGUGUCGGAUCACCCGAAGCCGUCAGCCUGCAGGAAUCUCUUUGGCAGGGGGGACCCCGAAGAGUUAAACGCGGAUUUUAAGGGACAAAUGCGGGAGAUGGAGGAGGCUGCCUCAGCCAAGUGGGGCUUCGACUUCGCAAGUAACACGCCGCUGGUGAACGACAUGCUGGAGUGGGAGUUAGUAGACUACAGAGCCCUGCCGGGUUUCUACUCUCGGCCGCUCCGCAGGGAGAAGGGCGUCUGCUCCGCUGGGAAUAACAAUGUGGAUCUAAAUGGAAAUCAUAAUUGUGUGCUGGUGGCUCCUGGCGAAGAUAGCGACAGGUCUGACGGGCAGAUGGAGCAGUGCAUCCCUGUGAGGAAAAGAGCUGCGUGUCACGAAGCCCCGGCCCAAAAUAAGAGGUCACACAACAGCAGCUCAGAUGAACUCAGUUGUCCAAGUCUGAGCCAUUCUACAGAACACACACCCAGGAAAAGCAAUAGCCCCAAGAGACUGACGUGAGGACGACACACGAGCCGACGGUGUGUUCCCCUUCCAUGUGGGAAAAUUCAGUGUUGGCCAAUUGUUUUGGAGGAGGAACUACACAGCAUCAGAAACAUAUCAACUCUCCUUGGAGGUGGGGGAGGACGCUGUUGAAGCACUGAAUAGAAACACUAAAGUUUGUGGCACUCGAUUAAAAGUUACUGCCUCUAAAAGCAGUCAAUGUAGCAGCGUGCAAUUAGGUUUGACUUCCUGUUUUGCUCUUUCGUUUUGUUUGUUUUUUUUUUUACUACCUGUGUGUAAAUAAAUAUAUAUUAUAUUAUAUUUCUCCAUAUGUAGCACAUAAGAGAACCUUAUAAUUUGAAAAAAAAAUCCUUUGUGUAAAAGGUGUGAAUUUUGAUUUGACUUGAAGAAUUGCAGUGUAGUUUGUUUCCAAAAUGCUGUUGGGUUUAUUAUUAUUAUUAUUAUUAUUAUCUUCGAAAAGGCAGUUUGACAUUGAGAGCCUCUUCCCACUUUUUUUUUGCAACAUUCAAAACUAAACAAAAAAAAAAUCCUUUUCAGUUCCUUGACAGUGUCCCUUCACUCCAUCAUCCUUCUUGCUCACCAGCUAAGAACGGUACAAAUGUAGCUCUUAUUUGUUUCCCCUCCUUUCUUUGGUCAUUUCAGUGUCAGUGCAGGACUCUCUUUAAGAUCUUUUGUUGUUUACCCUGAAAAUUUAACAAAUUAAAAUUUAAUAUUUCUGUUGGAAUAAUUUAAGUCCUGUGUCCUAUUUAUUUGUGAUCAGUGCUUUGCUGAACUCAUGCUUUUUUUUUCCAACUAGUCCUGCACCUCAGCUGUAUUGUAAUGAUGUUUUCCUCUGGAGUUGUGAGUUACGAGGAUAUUGAAGGACAAAAACAUACAAACUGCACAGAUUUAUUUUUUGUAUUCAUCUGUUCUCCCUUAGUUUCACAGCCUUCGGAAUAACACGUUGUUUUUGUUUUUUGAAAGGUUGAAAGUCCUACAAUACCAAAUACAUGGUUGCUUUGCUGUAGUUGCCAACACUGCCUUUGCUUCUUAGUUGACUUCACAUUGUAUGACUAUGUGAUAACUUAGAUUUAAUAUUCCCAGGAGGUUUGUAUUUUUAUUUUCUCCUCACCGAUGUUGUUAGCCUGCUGAUGAUGCAAAUUUGAGCAUCUAAAAGCUUCCCUUUAUUUAGCUCAAAGUGUGGUUCCACUUCAGAGAUCAGUGAACACCAGGAUUUAGAGAAAGAAAAGAAGAAAAGGCCUGUCUCAGAAAUGCAGCCACAAUGCCUGUGUAUUUGUGUAAAUCUUUGCAAUGUACCUUUUUGUACAUAAUUUUGUAAAAACACUGAGAAAUUAUACUAACUUAUUUAUGUCAAGUUUCUUUUUUUAUUAUGUAGAAUAAAAAUGGGUUUUUUGAUUACGGUUAUCCCAAAGUGGCAUUUACUUUAUUAUAAUUUUGUAAAAGCAUAUUUUUGGUAGUUUUUUUUAUAAGGUUGCAAACUGAGCCUGAUUAAAAUAUUUGAUGUGCAUUUUGUAAUGUGUGGUUAUAAAAUCUGUUGCAAUCAAUUAAAAAGAGAAAAUUAAAACUGAAAAAA